UCCUGUUGCCGAGAAUGGAAAGUCAAGUUUCCGUGCAGGGUUCUUUAAUGACAUGACAUUACAGUAAAAAGGUGUUCUACGAUUUCAACGUUUGUGACCGAAUGAUCAAUAAACUCGUAAAUUGAGAACAGUUACAGAAUUUGGAAGAACACGCAGAUGCAACUUGGUCGUAUUUGAUGUACAGAAUACUCCUGACACUUCUGACACCUAGAGUACAGACCCGGUUGGCAUUUCUUUGAACACAGCUACAAUGGAGCCUCCAUAUGUCGAAGAUGACAUCUGCGUCCUGAAGCAGGAAACGGCAGACAGCUUGCUGGAGCUAUCAAAGGAGAGCCCUUUUUCCAUGUGUUCAGCGGAUGAGUCUGUCGCUUCCCACUUUGCGCUUGUCACUGCCUAUGAAGAUAUCAAAAAACGGCUGAGGGAGGCAGAGAAAGAAAACUCAUUCUUGAAGAGACGAGUCAAGCAACUGGAAGAGAAGAAUCAAAACUGCUGCAUUCAGCCAGAUGAACUAACCGCAGGGCCCAAGUAUGUCAAUAAAGCCUUUAGUGCUUUUCGUGGAAUCUACAUCGAAAAGAAAGAUUUGCAAGUGGAACUGCAUAAAAUGAAAAAGGAGAAGAGUGAAUCAGAGAAGCAUCUAACUGAACAGCUGCAAGCUAAAGAACUAGAGCUUCUCCAACUAAAAACUGAAGUGGAAACCAAUCAAGUUAUGAAAAAGCUGACCCCCACCAAUGAUUACUUGGAGCUGUACAAAGUGAACACCGAGCUGAAGCUACACACCUUGCAACAGGAGCUGGAUAUCCUCAAAACUGAAUACAGCAAACUCAGGGGAAAAUAUGAGGACCAGACUAAUAACAAACCUGUAUCUACGCAAGGACCAGGAUAUCAUAGCUGGGACGCUUCUCUGCUGCAGGCUUACAGAGACCUCAAAAGAGAGAUGUCUAAUUUAUAUGCAGUGACAAAGUUGCAAGCCGAGACGGUGAAAAACCUGAGAGACAACUCAAAAAGUGCAGCCUGCAGAGAUUCAUCUGCUGUUCCAAUCCAGAGCAUAGAAGACUUAUUACAUAAUAGCAGAAUGGUAAACAUGACUGCCCCCAGACCAACACACAAAAGCCCUUGUGCUUCCUUUAAUGGCCCCAUGUUCAGCCAUGCCAUAGCACCUCCUAUUUCGACAGAGGCCGGAGGCUUAUCUGAUGAUCCUUCUAAACACUGUUGGACAGCUGAGAGGCCGAGCCCUGUUGACAGCGCUGCCUUGAAAGAACACCCCUCGUAUGGACGCACUUCUUUAGAUGAAAACUCCUGGUCGUUUCCCAGCCCUCCAAAGCCUAGUGAUGCAUUGUUUUGGGAAAAUGCAAACGCCCUUUAUUCCUCCAGUAAUCCAGUUACCUGUCCAAAGAACAAGGAUCGAGAGUGGCUUAGACCUUAGUGUUUUUUAAUUAGACUGUGUCCACUGUCUCAAGCUUCUGCAACAGAACUGUCUACAAAUCUGCCUUAAAUGUAACCGCUUCAGCUAUUUUGGUUAUAUGAUGUUUUAAAUGCGGUAAUGCGUAGUGUUCUAGAGUUGGAUUGGAUUCCAUGCAUUAGUACUUUUACCAUGUUAACACUUGGUUCUUAGCUAAGGAAUUGAUGACAGUGGGUUCCUAAUAAAGGCAUUUCCCCAUACACCAUUGAAACCUUAGAUUCUAACAUAAAGUUUGUAGAAGUUAAAUGGGGUUCCAUAUAAAAACCCACUAUCCAUCUGGAGCAGAUUAGGUAUUUUCAGCUAAUACCAAGUGUAUAUAAUACUGUGAAACAGAACGUGAGUGUGAGUUGAUGUUGGCAUUCAGGCUUUUGCAGUGUUAUUAAAUACUAAAAUGGUGUAGUGCCCAAAAAAAAAAGUUUUCUUGGGUGAAAAUGUCAACCAAAAAAUGACUUUCUUGAUGAGUAAAUAGCAGGGUUCUGAAAAAAUAGUGUUACACAUCCCUUCUUGUUUCUAAAACUGUUUAAAUAACAUACCUGUAAUUCCUCUUUUCAUUGUUCAGCCUUAUAACUUUUGUAGCAACACGUGAGGACUUAUAACUAUUUUUUAGAGCCCUGCUACUUACUCUUUAAGUAAGCUGUCAAAUGUGGAAUGUAAAAUUAUAACACACAGGUAAUAUGGUGAAAUGUGCAAAUACAGAAUGCAUUUUCAUUGAAAGAGUGCAAUACAGAUUAAGUAGGCUAUUCCAGAUUAUACAACACCCAGACACUGUGCUCUAGUUGUUUUUUUUUUGUUUUAGUCAUUCUGUUAUUACUGAACAGAGGCAAAUAAAGCACUGCUUAAAGGUGCCAAUAAUUAUUGACACCUGUUCUAAAACCACUGCUUACUGAUUUAACAUUGCUCAAGCCGUUUAUAAAAAUGUUAACACUUUCAGUGGAAAAAGGUUAAUUUUUUUAAUUUUUUUUAUUUUUUUUUUAGUUGUAGUGGAAUGGAUGGAACCCUCCAAUAUUUUAUUGCCUUGCAUUCCAUUAUGACCUCAUACCGCUCCACAUCACUGUCAUGAUCCCUUUAGUUGCUGAUAGCCCAUAGAACAUAAUGAAAUGGCAGUGCUGUCUGUACUGCAAGAUGCAAAUUGUUUAGACUGUGCCAUGUUUAUAUUUCCAGGUUGCACUAUACCUUCAGUGACUUUUGUGGUGCCACUGUUCUGAAUAUGAAUCAUACACCUGUAGCAUGCCUUUUCACAGAUGAAUUAUAAUCAAAAUCAGUGUCUGCCUGUACAAAAGUAUCCAUAUCUGCUGCUACAAACUGUGCGUGUAAGCCCAAUUAAGUUUCUUGCUCAUAUAAACAUGGUGUUUAUGUCCUCAGUACAAUAUGGUCCACUUUGCAUUCCAUUACCCAUUUGCUGUAAAAGUGUAUGUGUAAGAGUAGAGAGAUGUGUGUUUUUUUUUUUUAAGCCUACAUCGUAUGGAUAAUUAUGGCUGAUUUUUCAGCGCAUGGAAUGAGAGAUAUACAAUGAACAUCUCUCUUCAACGCUUCCGAAAACUGCAGUCUCCACACUUGGAAACUAAAGCUAUUUUCAGAAUGAAGACCACACAGAAUUGAUGUAGUACUCACAUGAAUAUAUAUUGCUGUAGUUUUAAUGUUCCACAGGUGAAUGUUUUUUAAUUGGAAAAUAAUCACACAUUGGUCCACUUGGGCAAGGCGUCUUAGGUGUGGUGUAUUGUUUCUUGAUUGUGUGAUUAAAUCUGUAUACAGAGUAUAUGAAGAAAUGUGAUGUUAACUUUGGAACCCUUCUUAUUUAUUAGUGUCCUUAAUGGAUCUUCUAUUGUGUUACGGUUGUGUUUGUUGGUUAUCAUAUGAAGUGUAUAGGACAUGUUCACAUACAUUUUUAAACAGCAACAGUAAAAGAAGCAUUCUUUUGUCAAACAUAUUCAUACAAUAUUACAAAACUGUGAAAAAAAUGAAAAUGGUCUGUAUAAUAAUUUUAAACCAAAGACAUGUAAAUAGUAUCCUUUUAUGUUAAAACAUCUGUUUGUAUAUGGACCUGCUUUUAGCUGCAUUUUUUAGAAUGAAUUAGCAAUGGAGUUGAAAGGAAAUCAAUUAGUGAAAUCUGUUAUGUUCAUUCUGUGCACUGCUGGUACUGGACUGGUUGAUAUGACUGAAUAUGGCUGCCCUGCUUUAUUUAACAAUGUUCCCCUUCAAAUUGAUUAAUAUACAUUCUAAGUGUAUGUUCCCUUAAGUUUUACACAGAGAACAUUUUCAUUUCACUUCAGGCAGGGGAACAUUUCCCAGUACUUGCAAGGGAAUAAUCUGAUUCAUUUUCUUAGCCUCAAAGUGUGUAUCUGCAAUAGUGGGUCAAGGCAAAAUUAAGGGCAUUGUCAUGGUAAUACAAAUCAUGCAAAAAGUUGAAGUGCAUUUUUUUUUUUUUUAAAUCACUUCAUUAUUUUUGAAAAGGGAGAGGUAUUGCUUGACUGUUCAGUGCAGUACAUAUGACCUAAACUGACAGUUACCUGUAAAAUGUUUCUGGUUUUCAAAAAGGGUAGAGUAUUGUGCGUCCAACUGGUUGUUACGUCUGUACUUCAGACUGCAAAUCAAGGAAACACUGCAGGGAGCACUACGUGUUGUCAGAAGUGUCCAGUAACUAAUAAAGGAUAACAAAUACUGCACAGAACUGCGAAUGUGAAAGGCAGACCCUGAUCAAACUAGGCACAUGCAUCAAUUUGAGAAGGUGCUUGAACUGAGGGGUUUUAUUUUUUAAAACAGAUAGAAUCUCAUGCUGCUUUCUUUUAUACUUAAAUGAUGCCCACAGGGAUGCUUUGUUUUGUGUUCAGUUUGCUGUAUUAUCAGUGGUCCUUCUCUGUAUAAAAACAAACACCCUCAAGCACCGAAACCUAAACUACAACAGGUCCAAAAAAUUAGAAAUGAAGAACCUAUCCUGUCCCAACCCCUGCUCCUGAAUGUGCUUUGAAUCCAUCUGCCAUCUCACUCACGUACUCACACUCACUUGUGAUUAAUGGAAAGAGCAUUAGAUGUUGGAAUUUAUCCUGACCAAUGAACACAGCUGGCUCAGGGGAGUACCAUUUCUAGCUUGAGUAAUAGAACACAAAUCCAAUCUGCAUAGAACAAAUCAAAAGCUAGGAGGCUUUUCUGAGCACCACCUGUGUAAUAACAAUGCAGCAGAAACAAUUUCUAAUGCAGCUGCUGAAUCGGGCUGUACUAGAGUUCAGUUUCACUAGAGUUUGCAGUUCCCUUUUUUUGUUAAUCCUGUAUUUGUCAGGGUGCUAGCUGUAGGCUUAAUAAAGAAAUAAUGGAAGUAAAUAAA